CUCAAUAAAAAGAGAACAGAUGUUGUUGCUGCUUCUAGGGGACUUACUUUCAGGAUGUUGUUGCUUCUAUGUCUGAUGGAGGAACGGAUGCCAAGUUCAAAUGCAUUUUCACCGGAGAUGCUAUUUCCUCCUGAUAUGUUUUCACCAGGGGAGGGUAUGUUGAACUGUCAGAAAAGUUUUCACCAGAGGAAGGUGGAUGAUGCGAUCUGGGCUGCUGAAAAUGCCACAUUGAAAGCUGAGAUGAGUGGAAAGAAGCUAAUGCACUCAUGGAACAACUUAAGCUCAACCCUCAGCUUCAGACGUUUCAAGCGUGGCUUUGGGAUUCUGCAACUGUAUCUUAUGGUUUUAGAAUUGCCUGUGUACAAAGGAUUAUUAUGGCAACGAGAUCAUGUCGCUCUGGGAAGCUCUUUUGAUGGUCGCUGUUGUUGGAGUUAUAUUAAAAAGAAAUAUUUAAAGAGGGCUGGAACCCAGUCAAAGCUGGGGGGCUAGGCCCUCACGCCCAUAUUAUAUUACUGAAAAAAAAACAUUACAUGGGGGGGGGGGACAUAGUACCUAAACCCCGAUGAUCAAAAAAAAAAAAAAAACAUAUAACAACCACUCCAAGCAGUCAAUGUGGCCAUCACAUACUGAAUCCAAAAGGUUGACGCCCCAUUCGCUGCAUAUAAGACUAUAAUUGAAAAGAAGGAAAUUAAAGAGAGAUUAAAAAAAAAAUUGAAGUUAAAAAGUAUGGACGACGGAAACUUUGAUCCACAUGGUAAUGUCAUUUGAAAAGAAAAAGUAAAAUGCUGGUGAUGAUGAAUGAAGAAUAAAAUUAAGAAAUGAGAUU